AGGACGAUAAGCUGACCACCCAGACACAAGAUCAAGUGGACCCAAGCCCAGAAGAUGAACCUUCACCACGUCUUUAGAGAAGGGAUAUUUUCUUUGUUGAUUCUUCAAGAGUGGUUUUCCAGAUCCGCCUGUGAAAAUUGGUCAUUCAGAUUCCCCCGAACCGUGAAAGUACUGAAACGUUCCAGCGCGACCGUCCCCUGCUCGUUUACCUCCCCCGCCGGCUACGGGGACGUCAAUAUAAUCUGGUACAUUUAUGACAGCGUUGAAUACCCGCAGGCCUUCAAUAAAAAAUCCCCAUCAGAAGUGGAACGGGAAUACAGAGGACGCACCUCUCUGGUGGGAGACGGACCCAACAGCUGCUCUCUGAGGAUUAAUGACGUGAAGAAUAGGGAAUCCUUUUAUCCAGGAAUAGAUAAAAACACAAACUCUUAUUUUCUCCACGGUUCUCGGACUGUCACAGUUUCGUUCACAGGUUGUUCCGAAGACUCAUCCUGCAGCGAUUGGUCUUUCCGUUUCCCCGAAUCUAUUAACGUGUCCAGGGGUUCUUGUGUGGAGAUCCCCUGCUCGUUCAGCCACCCAAAGGGGUAUAAAGACUUCAACUUGAUCUGGUAUGAAGCGAACGGUAAUUCACCAAUUUACAAUAAGUUAAACCCGUGGGACGUGGCGGCAGGGUACAGCGGUCGCACUUACCUGGUGGGAAAUGGAACCAACAGCUGCUCCUUGAGGAUGAAUGACGUGAAAGAGUCAGGAUCGUAUUAUCCAGGAGUCAACGAAGACAUAAAUUCAUAUGUUCUUAAUGAUGGUCGGAGCAUUCGGGUCAUCGUCACGGAUGACCACACGUACAUCUUUGUGACGGUUGGAGUGGUCUGCUUUGUUCUGUGUCUACUGAUCGUCGGUAUCUGUUGGAGGUGGAGAAACCGUUGUUCAUGGAUUCUGACAUGCUGUACGAGGACUGCUCAGCCCACUGAAUCAACCUACGCAGAUCUUACGAAGUCAGAUAUAUGUCUGGAUUAUGAUAUAUUAAAGCCUGGAGUCCCUCGCAAAGCCCCCGUCCAAGAAAAGCCUCUAGAUGAUUCUUCAACGUAUGAAAACGUUUCUGAGCCGAAAGAUAUUAUUAUAAGUCAUGAAAAUGCAAACACCAAGAACUUAAAAAAAUAAACAGAGCGUGUAAAAGAAAUCAUUUUUUUAUAUAUAUGAUAUCGGGAAAAUAUAAAUUGCUAAUUAUUAUAUUACAUGCAGACAAUGAGAUAACACGACAAAUAUAUUCGCUUGAAAUAAAUAAUCUCUAGGAUCAAUAAAUACAAAAUAAAAAUGUACAUCGAACAAAGAGUGUUUUCUUAUUAAAAUAUGAUGUUAA